UUUGCACAGAAAUAGGCAUUUAGAAACAUUUCCAACAUCGCGGUGCCUUCGAACAGAAGUAAUAGAGCUUUAUCUCUUUAUUUAUUUAAAAGAUUGUACUUCACUUUAUGUAGGCUAUCAAUUUUAUGUCACUUCUGUCUAGUUUUUUAAAAAAAAAAAGGAAUUCAAGAAUGUUGCAUCAGAAUAAUGCCGAUUACAUUAAUACAAUCUACAUUAAUAACUUGAAUGAAAAGAUUAAGAUCAAAGAUCUAAAGAGAGCCCUUCAAGCUGUUUUUGCUCAAUUUGGUAAUAUAGUUGAUAUUUUUGCAUCAAAGAAUUUAAAAAUGCGUGGACAAGCAUUUGUGGCCUUCAAAGAGAAAAAAGGUGCUAUUGAUGCAUUGCGUUCAAUGCAAGGAUUCCCAUUCUUCGAUAAACCUUUGAAGAUACAGUUGGCUAAAACUGACUCUGAUUGCAUAGCCAAGAUCAAAGGAACCUACAUUAAAAGGGAAAAAACUACUACUACUUAUAGAAUUAAUAAAAAGGAAGCCAGCAUUAAGGAAAAAAGCUUUGUCCAUAAUCCAGAUAGUCCGAAUAAUGCCCUUCAACCAUCACAUCAAGCAACAAACAAGUCUUCAAAUAUUAAUCUUCCAGCUCCAAAUCAGCACUUAGUUUCGAUUCCACCACCUCUUCCGCUCUCCAGUACUUCUCAGAAAAACCUAAACAGACCCCUGAUGUAUGUAUUUCCAGUACAAGUAGAGCCACCUUCUAAUAACAUUCUUUUCUUGACGAAUUUGCCUCCUGAUACAAAUGAAAUGCUGUUGAGUACUUUAUUUGGAAGAUUUUCUGGAUUUAGAGAAAUUAGAACUGUUUCUAGCCGAGAAGAGAUUGCCUUCGUUGAAUUUGAUGAUGUGGCCUCAGCUGAAUGUGCUAAAAAUGCCCUUCAGGGUUACAAAUUGUCACCAACUCAUUCUAUUAAUAUCUCAUUUGCUAAAAAAUAGAAUUUCCUUUUUAAAAACUUUUUUUUUUUCCUAUUUGAAAUUAUUUUUCCGAUAUAUUUUACCAAAUUGAAAUAAUUUAAAGCAUUUGUCAUGAAAACUUUUUGCUGUAUUUUAGGUUUUAAAGUCCUUCUACAGGAAAAAAAAUUGCUUAGUUUUAUAAUUAAGGAGGCAGUCUUUUCCUAGUCAUGUGCCUUAUAUAUCAGUGAAACAUCUCAUUUCAUACUUUUUAGUUUUCAUGUUUUAAAUUUAAAAUGUUUUAAAUUUAAAAAAAUGUUUUUUUUUUUUUUUUUAAAUUUAAAAGUAAACUACUUUGAAUAAAUUAUUAGUCUAGAUUUAAAGAAACUCUGGAGUGUGUUUUUGUAUUUUUAGCUAUUUAAUAGUAUUUAAUAGUGCAUGUUGUAAUUUAUAGAAUUAUAUGCGGAAAAAAACCUUUGUAAUGCUUUUGGAUAUUAUUACAAUAUACUUUGCAAUAUUACAGUUUCAAGCUUUUGUAUUGAUUUUUUUUGAGAAACCUUAAUUCCACUUUAAAAUUAAAUACAACAAAAUGCAAUUAAAUUUUAUCUUCUAUAAAUUUGAAAUUAAUUUUGAAAAAU